AUGGCGGAGCGGGAGCGGGAGCGGAAGUGGAAGCGGGCGUCGGAGGAGUGGGUGAGGCGGAAGAGGGGCAGGAAGAGGAGGAAGAGGGAGGGGAGGGAGGGGGAGAGGCAGGUGGGGUGGACGAGCGACCCCAUGGAGGCGCUCGGGGAAGAUGUGAUGGGGCGGGUGAUGGACUUCCUGGACGCGCGCAGCGUGGCACGAUGCACCGUGGUGUCCUGCGCGUGGCGCGGGAUCGCGGCCGACAACCGCCUCUCGGCACCUUAG